AAGAAUCUUUCUGUCUGUGGUUUCAGUCGUAAAAAUGGACAAAGUCAGUCUUCACAGACUGUUUUCGGCUUGUGAUGUGAACAAGUCUGGAAGGAUCGAGUACGACGACUUUACGGUUAUUUGUCGGGACCUUAACGUACCUGAAGGAGAAAUUAAAGGUUUGUUCGACAGGUUUGACGCAGACCAAGACGGAUUCAUCGACUACAACAACUUCUCUUCGAGGUUUCAGGAGGUUUCAGAGACUUUGGACCUGGCUUCGUUUGGCGGGGGGUCGAACCCGAGCCAGGACUGGCCGUGGGAAGAUUCUGUGGUCAGGUUUGACGUGGAGUCCGUCCUCUCGGAAAGUCUUAGGGAGCAGCUGGCUAAUCUUUACUGGGCCAUUCAUGCCACUGCAAACAUGACUCUCCUGCUGCAGUAUGAGGAAAUUGUCCACUCUCUGAUCAGUAAAACCUUAGACAACAGGAUGGAGUGUGAGCAACUGGAGACCAGCUUGAAAAGAGCCGAAGAGAUGAACAGCAGUCAGCUGGCAGAGCUGGAUGAAGACAUGCAGCAACAGCUCAGCAGAACUGAAGAGAGAGUGCGAGAUGAGGAGCGCAGAAGAAUGGCAGGCAUCAUGGCGUCGAUGGAGGCGAGGCUUCAGAACGAAGUCUCAGACCUGCAUGACAGAUUGUCAAAGAGCCAAAAGGAGUCUGAAUCCAUCCAUUCAAAGGACGAGGUGGACAAAUUGAAUAGACAAAUCAGAGACCUGUCAACUGAAAACGAUCAGCUUCGCGCCUGUCUGCAAAAAGCACAAACAGACAUUGCCAUCCUGCGCUCGGAGCUGGACAGGCUGAAGAACAUAUGUGCAGACCAGAAGCGUCAGUAUGAAAGGGAAACUGAUGAUUUAAAGAGGAUGGUUGUGGAAUAUCAGUCGUACUCUGAGCAAGUUGAGAUUCUGCAGGAGGUGAACAAAAAGUUGUACGACAGUAAUGAUGGACUGCACUCUCAGUUGGCCAGUGACAUGGCGGCUAGAAGGAGGCGUGCCCCUCAAAAUGAAAUCCCAGCUAGAAAAAUGAAACCCGUCCGACAAAGCACAAUCGACUGCGACAGCUUUAAACAGGAUUUCAGUAAGCCCCAUGUGCCCAACUGGGCCUCUAUUGAUUUCCCGGACAGCGGAGUUUCUCUGCAAAUGGACACAGGUGAAACAUCAGGCAGUGACUAUGAGAGCGACGAGAGCAUAGGGCCCCCAAAAACUGUGAACCCCAGUUUCUUGCGUGUCCCAUCUGAUGCUGAGAUAUCAGACAUCACAUCUGCUUGCGUACCAUCAAUGCAUCGGAGCAGGUCAAAUUCCAUCUCGUCGUCCUCACGCAGACGUUUGUCUGCCUUUCUGUCAAAGCCUUCAGGAGAAGGCAUUUUUGACGAUGAAGAACCUGCUCCCAUGUACCGUCUGGUUUUAGCUGGAGAUGCAGGAGCGGGAAAGUCCAGCUUCCUGCUCCGACUGACCCUGAAUGAGUUCAGAGAAGAUAUUCAGACCACGUUGGGUAUUGACUUCCAAAUGAAGACGAUGUUGGUGGACGGACAAACGACAAGUCUGCAGAUAUGGGACACGGCUGGGCAGGAGAGGUUCCGGAGUAUUGCCAAGUCUUAUUUCCGUAAAGCUGAUGGAGUGCUGCUGCUUUACGAUGUUACUUCAGAAAGUAGCUUCCUUCAUGUCAGAGCGUGGGUGGAUCAGAUUCAGGAUUCAACCAACGAGAAAAUCCCGAUGUGCAUAAUUGGAAACAAGGUGGACCUCCGAGAACGUUUUCCACAGAGAUGCUUUGUAAGCACUGCAGAUGGGGAGAAGCUGGCUAAGGCAUACGGUGCCUUGUUCUGCGAAACUAGCGCCAAAGAGGGAACCAACAUUGUUGAGGCGGUGCUUCACUUAGCGAGAGAAGUAAAGAAAGAUGUCAACCUGAGGGAGCAGUCUGUCUCUUCGAUAACGCUGAACUCAACCAGCUCAAAGAAGACCUUCAGCGACUGCUGCCGAGUGUAAGCGGUGAUGCUGUGGUGCACUGUGGGACACAGCAGUGAGCGACAGUGAUUUUCUAUGUCAUUUAAUCAAAAAUGUACAUGUUAUUUUGGUUUUCCAUGUUUUCCUUUUUAAAGGGGUUAUAUUGUUCAAACCCAGAUAUAUUUAAUCUACCUUUUAUGGAUAAAUAUGGUUGUAAUUUCAUGUUCAAUGUCCCCAAAUUCCCAUGGGUCUUCCUAUGUAUUUACACAUCCUUAUGCUAACAUUUAGCUGUGGAAUGACUCGUUUUACUUUCCUGUGACGCACGUAAUGGAAGGCCUUGUCUGUCAGAGAGAUGGUGAGACUGAACAGCCACUCCCCCUUUUUUCCUCCUCCUUCUUCGUCUCCUUCUUUAAGGAUGUUUAACCUGGUGGUACUUACAUUUUCAACUUGAAUAUGUUUUUAAAAAACACCUGGUGACCUAUAUUGGCUUGCUGAAAAGGAUUGACCCCUGUAAGCCUUAAAUCAUUUAAAACUAAUAUCUUUGUGUAUUUUUAAUAACUUAAUGAACAAAAAUGAAGGUUUCUAUUUUUGGAAGAUCACAGGAUCAAAUGCACAUGCAGAUAUAGUUUUGUAUUUAUUUAUUUUAUAUACAGUGUGUUUUGACAGUUAAAUUGAUUUACAGAAACCCAGGUUCUGUAAAAUUUGUUCAUCAAACAUGAAUAAACAUGUUUACUUUUUUAUUUAAGCACUUUAAGCUGUGAUAAAGUCACUAAUUAAACACUUAAUAAAUUGAUUUGUGUUGGUA